AUGGCUCGGAGGACCGUCGAAAAUUUCAACGGGUUCGUGGCGGCAGCGGCCCGUCCGCCGCCGAAGAAAUCCACCGCAAAACCAACUGCGCCAAGCCGAGCCAAGCCCGUGACAACGGUGGCCGGAAAAAAGAACUUACCGGCGCCCGCUGUGAGGACUACCGGCGUGGCGUCGCUUGCGCCGCCGACCAGGAACAAAGAUCAACAUAACACCCACCCAUUUGCGAAAGUGGAAAAACCGCAACGAAAUGUUACUACGAAAAAACCUUCGAUCGAUGUUCAAAAUAAACACGUAAAAGUUAAUGUCAGCCAAAAUGAAAAUAAAAUACACAAAGAAGAAAAAACAAUUGUUGACAAUAGUGUUACAGUUCAAAGCAAUUCAUCAGAUGUAUCGGAUAACCAAGAAUACGAAGAUGAUUUUGAAGAUUAUGAAUCCGACUUUGAAUCUGAUACUUCGAUCGAUUCAUUAAUAGUUGGAUCGACGUUGAAACCAACUGUGCUAAGUAAAUCGAUAUCAAAUGACACUGGAAGUCUUAAGUUUGCGCUGCCCAUGAGUGUAGAAGAAAAAUUAGAACCAUUUUUGGAUGAAAAGUUUGAAAUCAACUCUUUAGAACAGACCAUUGAAAUGGGCUUAAACAACUUCAUAACUGCUGGAAAAAGAAAGCAAGAACAAGAAGUAAAGAACAAAAUUCAAACUAGGGGAAAUAUUUUGAUGGGGAUGAUUAAGCUAGACAUUGUUAGCUUUUCACUAUUAGAAUUACCAGCAAUACCUUAUGAACAAUAUAUAAAAAUGUAUGGACGUUCCAACAUGAUGCAGGUACAAACACAAACUAACGAUGAAAACGCAGAGAAGGAAGUACAAACUAAUGAAAGUGAAGUAGUCGAAAAAUGGACUCAACAUCCUAUUGUCUUGACUAAUUCAUUAGACUGUUCAUCAAUUGAAUAUUUGAGAGCGAAAUUAGGCGUCGGUGGUACUGGACCACCUGAUGAUCAUCGUCGAAUACGCAUAACCAUGGUAGAUCCAGACAGAGUUGUUGAGGUCGCCCAAGUGAUACUAUUGAUGUUGGAACAACAAGCAAUGGAUCGAACUGAACAUAGACUAGUGACUAAUGACUGUGACUUGAGCUUCAGCAACGGCCAUCUAAGCCCAGCAAUUUCCUCCUUGAAAUUUCUUGAAAAACAUUCAGUCACAUCCAUAGAGUUUUUAAAAGUCACGUCGAUUGUUGAAUCACUUGUUACAACGCACGAAGUGAUGAAUUCGUUUAAUAAAUAUUUUAUAUGUAUCUGGAGUGUAUCAAUAACAGAACAUCCCGAGUAUAUUCUCAAGUGUCCUAACCGUGUUACAUCACUUUGCACUAUUUUUAAGUCAACUAUAGGAUUUGUUACGGCUGCACACGUGGAUGGGAGUAUAUGUGUGUGGGAUUUAAGAGAAGCCAAAUUACAUCACCAAGAAAUAGACGGUCUAUCUUGUCCAUUACGUUCACCGUCCUACAACACUGCAUUAUCGAUUGAGCAAGGACAUAGGUCGAAAAUUGUUGGCUUAAACACGGUAACAUAUAAAAAUGUAACAAACGAAGAAUUACCAGACGAGCUUUGUAGUUUGGACGAAGAUUUUGUGUUGAUCGUAUGGACAGUAGUGGAUAGUUGGACAGACGCUUCUGAAGUUUCAGAAAACAAAUGUGCGGGCACUGCGCCUUGGAGUUCCGUGAGACUAGUAAAAAUGCAAACUUUUAAUGCUAAUAAAAAUGUUCCUAGAUACUUGUUUAAUGGUGUUACGGCAACCUGUUUAUGCUUGAAUAACAAGCAAGACGCUUUUAUUGGUACUAAUUGUGGACUGGUAUUUCGAUACAACUUAGGGGGACACAAAGUAUGGCCACCGUAUUUUACCUACGAGAAUACAGCUGAACAUUUUUCGGUUAACUCAUUGGAUAUUUGCCCAUUUGACUUCAAUUUUUUUUUGGCCGCGUGUUCGAGCAACGAAGUUAUGCUGUACAGUACUAAUCGUAGAGAAGCUCUGAGACGGUUGAUUGCAUCGUCAAAGGAUGGGCCGGGUAUCCAAACGAGUAUCCUAAAAGCUCGAUGGUGUGUUGGAUAUCCUGGCAUCAUAUUCGGAUUAGAUUCAUUAUCUAGCGUACAUAUGUGGGACCUUUGUGACAAUAUCACCACACUCAAAAUAUCCGUACCGUUCCGAAGAAAGACUGUUACUGCCAUUUCAUUGACGUCAACAUCAACAAAUCAAAACACUUACUUGGGAUUGGCGUUUGUGGACGGCACAGUAGAAUUGCACCAGCUGAAGUUGGACAAAAGAAACGAGACAGAAGAUCGUUGCGACCAGCUCAAUAGUUUUUUGGCCGGUCUAUAGAAGUAGAACUUCUAACUUAACAAAAAUAAUGUGCCAAUAACAGUGUUUUUAAUGUAAUAAUAUGUAAUAUAUUUUUCUAGCUCUGAUAACGUGUAAUAUAAUAAAAAAUAAUAUCGAGUACUUGUGCGGUACACAGUAUUCUACGGAACAAAAAUACCAUCUUACAUACAUGUAUGUACAACUACGUAAUAAUAUUUAAAUUUGUAUUUUCCAUGUGCAUAGCUAUAAACUUUUAUGUAAUUAUAUAUACUAUUGGUGU